AUGAGUUUCCCGUAUCGUGAGGCAGUAGGUAGCCUGUUGUAUCUGGCUGGUGCAACCAAAUCAGACAUAUCAUAUGCUGUGAAUGUCUUGAGCAGACAGCAGGUCAAUCCUACUAUUGAAGACUGGGGAAUGGUUAAGAGAGUAUUUAGAUAUCUAAAAGGUACCAUAAAUCUAAAGCUAAGAUACACUGGUGAGUCUGAAGAAAUUGAGAGUUUCUCAGAUGCGAGUUUUGUUGAUUGCAAGGACUCACUCACCACGUGUGGAUUUUUGGCAAUAACUAGAAGAAGUAUUCUCCCUACCAAGUUGAAGAAAGAUACUGGAGAAUUGAGACUUAUUGGAUACACGGAAGUUGUCGGGAGGGAGUGUUAG